UACGUCACGAGUUGUUCUUCUGUCCCUACAUGAAGGGAGUCUUACUGAUGCUUCUUCGAUACACAUAGAAGGGGAGGAAAAUUGAUGUGCUUGAUAGAUUGCAACUCGACGUCAAUCGAAAAGCUAGAUACCUAGACAUAGUCUGCUCAUAAACGCGCAUCUCGAAUAAAGACGACACAUUAGACGUCACAAUUUAUCCUCACCCACCAUUCCAAAUUCAAUCUACCUCAAAAAAUGGCAAAUCUACACGUCCGCUUCCACGAUUUUGACAUGAGACACGAGUAUGAGAUUCGUGUUGAAGAUGAUCAUCUGGAUGCGAGAGCUGCGAGGAUAGAGAUUGCAGAGCUGAAAGAGGAAGUUAGGGGAGUGAGGGGAGAAUUGCUGCAGAAGGAGAGGGGGAUUGGAGGAUUAGGUAAUGAAAUUAUGGGAGUGAGGGAGGAGGUAAGGAGCGCUAGGGAAGAGGCGAGAGGUACAAGAGAAGAUGAGGGAGCAGAGGGAGAUUUGGUUUGAGAAAUGAAGGAAUGCAGAAUAAGAGGAUGUUAGAGGCUUGAAAAGAAAUCAGGGUUGAAGAGGUCUUAGAGUGGUGAAGUGGUGAAAGAUAUGAGGGGAAUGAGAGAGAAAUUAAAAGGGAAAAUAUGGGAAUGGAGGAGAUCUCUCAGGGAAGGAAGAGGGAAAUGAGAAGAUCCGGCUGAAAUAAGGAGAAGGAGAAUUAAUGGAGGAAGAAAGAAGGAAAAAAUGGAGACGGAAGGGCGGUUAAUGGGCGAAAUCCAAGAUCUGAGAACGAGAGAUGUAGAAAGAGAACAAAGGGUAACCGAACUCCUAAACGAUUUUGAUGAUCUCAGAAAGAGACAUACGGAAAGCGAGGCAUUGCUAAACACUAUGAGGGAUGAUAUAAACAGCUUGGGACAUACGGCCGAGGGAUUGUCAGAAGAAAAUAGGGGAUUAAUAGAGAGAGUGACAUGGUUGGAGAUGCAAAGGCCGGUAAUCGAGGAAGAAGCUGAGCCAGAAAACGAUAUAGUUGUUGAUGAAAAGGAAAGAGUGAAGAGCGGGAAAGGAAGAUGUAAGUGGUCGAAAUUCUAUACUAGGAGGAAGAGACCUCGUACAGGAAAGGAACUGGCUUUGAGAUUUAUGGAGUGUACAAUAACUUAAUUCAAUCUGCGCAUUGUGUAUCUGUUCGGAUAAGGAGGUGGUAUGCGAGCUAAGGACUUCUUAUACUAUCCAGAUGUUCUCGGAAGACGAUCAACUUUUCCGACUUCGCCGUGCAAUAGAGAUUCAACCAUGAAACUUUUGACUUAUCCUCUUUUGGACUCUUCGGAGCGAUAGAGCCAUAUCAAAUGCAGUCGCAAGAUGUUCUCGGAGAAGUUGAUGAUCUUCUUUGUCGUCAAGCAGUAGAACAUAAUCAAUCAAGUCACCAAUCUUAUGGCGUUUUGUCCAUGCUUUUGAUACAACCCACCAUCGUGCAGAGAUCUAGAUGCUUUGAACUUUCCAACCCGGUUGCUACUCGGUCAAUCCGAUUAAUCCGACCGAGGGAAAAAAGGAAUGAUACGAAGAAGCAUUGAAAUAUUCACGUCCUA